GGAGAGAGAAAGUAAGAAAUCAAAAGAGGGAAAAAAUGGGAGGAGGCAUGGAAGCAUCGAAGAACAAAUUCAUUGAAGAUUGGGGUUCAGCUAGGGAAAAUCUCGAGCACAAUUUUCGAUGGACUCGCCGUAAUUUUGCUCUCAUCGGUAUCUUCGGCAUUGCUCUUCCCGUUUUGGUUUACAAGGGCAUCGUCCGAGAAUUCCACAUGCAAGACGAGGAUGCUGGUAGACCGUACAGGAAAUUCAUAUGAGUAAUGCUGAUAUCUUGUGUAAUAAUGGUGUUUAGAAACAAAACUAGGUUUUGUAAGGCACCAGGAUAAUUGCAUUUCAACAUUGGAUAUUAAUGUUUCUUGUUUUUCCCUGUAGAUUUGUAUUUCAUCUGUUUUGGACUGAAUUCAGAUCAUCAUUGAAGAUCCAAAGGUCUUGUUGCUA